AGGACGAGAACACCCCUCCGCCUGGCCUGCAACCAAGUGGGUGUUCAUGUUCGACUUCGCUCGACCAGCAGACAGAACAGCAGCCUCGGCCAACGGUGGAAGCCAAACAGCAGCGUUGGUGCCCUUCUACCGGACACUUUUGGACAUUUAACGAGGCCUUGUGUUCGUGUGCGCCCCUCACCACCGGAGCAGAGCGCGGAGGGAAGCAACAAAAGAGAGGGGGUACCACAUGCUAACUAAACAUAGCGGGGACCAGAUACUACUCCAGUGAGUACCAGACAGCACCAUACGGUGAUGGAGUCACUUUCCUCCACAAUGCUGUAGAAAAAAGAGACUGUGGCUCCCCCUGGCUCGGCGUCUUCCACUCCCGGGUGUGCGGGUGAAAUGUUCCCCCAGUCGGGCAGCCUGUGGGCCGCAGCUCGACUGUCGGAGUCCCAGUUAGCAGCCUGCUAGCUGCUGAGUGGCCAGAGGACAAGAAAAGAGGAGCUUCUUGUUCGAGUCUGUGAGAUGUGAUGAGAUGUGAUGUGAUGCUGCGGCCUGUGGCGUCCUGCUAGCCGCCAGCUCUCUGGAGCUAACACCAGUCUUGUACAAUGCCCAGUGGAAACACACCAGGGGGGCGAGCUUAGACCCACACCAGCCGGCCUGUGGUCCCCCUGGUCCGGCUCACAUUGGACUUCUCCCUCCCAGCGGCCUCACUGACUGGAUGAAGAAAUAUGGAUAAACUGACCAUCAUUUCAGGGUGUCUGUUCCUGGCCGCUGACAUAUUUGCAAUUGCCAGCAUUGCCAACCCGGACUGGAUCAACACUGGAGAAUCAGCAGGUGCUCUAACAGUUGGUCUAGUUCGGCAAUGUCAGACCAUCCACGGACGAGACCGGACCUGCAUCCCGCCACGGCUGCCCCCUGAGUGGGUCACCACGCUUUUCUUUAUCAUCAUGGGCAUCAUCUCCCUCACCGUCACCUGCGGACUCCUCGUGGCAUCGCACUGGCGCCGAGAAGCCACCAAAUACGCCCGCUGGAUUGCCUUCACCGGCAUGAUCCUGUUCUGCAUGGCGGCCCUCAUCUUCCCCAUAGGCUUCUACAUCAACGAGGUGGGGGGCCAACCCUACAAGCUGCCCAACAACACUGUGGUGGGCUCCUCCUAUGUGCUCUUCGUCCUCUCCAUCUUCUUCACCAUCGUGGGACUGCUCUUUGCAGGCAAAGUUUGCCUCCCAGGUUGAGACUUUCAACAAAACCCAGGAUUUUGCAGAACAUCUUAGGAUGACAAAGUCGGGUGAGUUUUUGGGGACUUGAUGACGUAUUGAACUUCUAAAAUGAAAAUACAUCAACACACAAAGAAGUGGGCGUUUGGUGAUGGAGGUCAGCUGUCCCACGCUUCUCUGUGCCGCUGUCAUGGCGACUGCUGCAGGUAUCACUCUGACACACACCUCUUAAGCCCUGCUGAAGCCCGCCCUUCCCCGCCCUUGGCACACGCCGUCACCCACCGCCCUCCUUUUACACUUUCCGCUUCUUUUUUUUCUCUCUUGAUGGACAUUCUUGCCUUUGCCUUUCCACACAAGUCUUUGGAGAGUAGAUGAGUGAAACCAGGGCGAUGCUUGCCUGUCACACCAUAUAACAACUGUGUGUGUGUGUGUGUGUCUCUGUGUGUGUGUGUGUCUCUCUGUGUGUGUGUGUGUGUGUGUGUGUGUGUGUCUCUGUGUGUGUGUGUCUCUGUCUCUGUGUGUGUGUUUGUGUGUGUGUGCACGCGUGUGUGUUUGUGUGUGUGUGUGUGCAUGUGUGUAUGUGCGUGUGCGUGUGUUUGUGUGGGUGUGCAUGUGUGUGUGUGUGUGUGUGUGUGUGUGUGUGUGUCUCUGUGUGUGUGUGUGUGUGUGUGUCUCUGUGUGUGUGUUUGUGUGUAUGUGUGUGUGUGUGUGUGUGUGUGUCUGUGUGUGUGUGUGUGUCUCUGUGUGUGUGUGUGUGUGUGUGUGUGUCUCUGUGUGUCUGUGUGUGUGUGUGUGUGUCUCUGUGUGUGUGUUUGUGUGUGUGUGUGUGUGUGUGUGUGUCUCUGUGUGUGUGUGUGUGUGUGUGUGUGUGUCUCUGUGUGUCUGUGUGUGUGUGUGUGUGUGUGUGUCUGUGUGUGUGUGUGUGUGUGUCUCUGUGUGUCUCUGUGUGUGUCUGUGUGUGUGUGUGUGUGUGUGUGUCUCUGUCUCUGUUUGUGUGUGUGUGUCUCUGUGUGUGUCUGUGUGUGUGUGUCUCUGUCUCUGUGUGUGUGUUUAUGUGUUUGUGUGUGUGUGUGCGCGUGUGUGUUUGUGUGUGCGUGUGUGCAUGUGUGUGUAUGUGCGUGUGCGUGUGUGUGGGUGUGCGUGUGUGUGUGUGUGUGUGCGUGUGUGUUUGUGUGUGUGCGCGUGUGUGUUUGUGUGCAUGUGUGUGUGUGUGUGUGUGUGUGUGUGUGUGAGCAGCUUCAAAUGAGAGAAAAGUGGUUGAGCUCCCUGAGACACACACACACACACACACACACACACACACACACACACACACACACACAGAGACACACACGCACACACA